AUGGCUGCCUUCGGGCUCCAACGGCCGGACGGCGGAGUGGCGAGGGACGAAAGAGACAGCUUGCCCUCUCCCAAGAUGGCCUCUCUCUUCGGCACGGCCUGCCCGCUUCCAACAUGGCCCCCGCGCUACCGAUCUCCCCCAGCGGGGCGUGCCCUCGUCCAAGAUGGCGCCCUCGAGCACACCCUCCAAUCAAAACCCGCUUUCCGCCGCUUCGAUUCGCCGCUUUCCCUUCCCCGACGCCCAUGCGGCCAUGCCGCUUGA